GUUAGAAAGAAGAAUUCGUAGCCUAGCUUCGAUAAGCAACAGAGAAGCUAAAAACACUACCUCGUCCUCAUCUGUAAUCGAACCAAGCCAUAUUCAACACCCAGUUUCACAAAUCCAUACUAGCAAGAUCAUUAAGCCACCCACGUUUGACGGUCAGAAAACAUGGGUAACGUAUCGCCUCCAAUUUAAAGCUGCAGCUAGAGCCAAUGACUGGGCUGAAAAGGAGAAGGCGGCUGCAUUGAUAGUGUCGCUGCGAGGACAAGCAGCAACCGUUUUACAGUUACUCCCUCAAGAAGAACCCAGUUAUUCAUCUAUCGUCCAAGCUUUAGAGACAAGAUAUGGCCAGCAGGAU